AUGUCGAACCUCACAGCUACCUCAGCCACAAAUUCAGACGAAGCCUCGAAAAACCUUGAUGAUGAGCCCUCGGUAGCAGAGUUAGUACGUAACUUUGAUUGGGCGUCUACCCCAUUGGGGCCUAUGGACAGUUGGCCUCGCUGGUUGAAAUUCGUCACUGAUUUGUGUCUCAAUACCGUGUAUCCCAUGGUUUUGUAUAUUGGGGAUGAUAGAAUUUACAUAUACAACCAAAUGUUUUUACCACUCAUUCAGACCAAUCAUCCUUGCAUAGGGACGUCGGCGACCUUAACAUAUCCUGAAGCACGCGAUUUUUUAGUGCCAAUAUUUGAGAAAGCUCUUAAAGGAGAAGGCCAAUUCAUUAAAGAUUUCUGCCCGUAUUUUAUUCGAUCGGGUUAUAGAGAAGAAGCAUACUUUACUUGGACUAUCAGCCCAAUGUAUACUGACACUGGGGAAGUAGGAGGAUUGAUCACCUUGGCGCAAGAAACAACGAAAGAUAUACUAACUAAUAGAAGACUGGAAACAUUCAGAGAUCUGGUUAAUGGAACGCAAGGCAACUAUUUGAGAGUGAUAUCUGUUGAAAAUUCUUGUCAUUUUAUUACUGAAAUUUUCCGAGGGAAUAAAGAUCUACCAUAUGCUAUAUUUUAUCUUGUGGAGAACCAAGAAGGUGGAUUUGAAGACAAACCAAAAAGAGCACGUUUACAAGCCACAACAUUCGAUAGUGGUCUCGUACGCGCCAAAAGAACUGACGGAAAUGAAGAAUAUAUGUAUAUACAUGGACAAUCAAGCAGAGAUAUACCUGACUAUUUGUUAAAGACGCCUGAUGUAAUAGUCAUGCCUAAUUCUGAGGAAGAUAUUGUCCAUUUGGACGCAUAUUCAACCACUACUGUACCAUGGCCAGUAGAACGCGCAAUAUACAGUGGCGGCGAUAUAGUUAUACGGUUGCCUGAUGAUUCAACAGCUGUAUUAUGUCCAGUGACUUCGAUUUUUGGUGGAAAAGACACAUUGACAGCCGUGAUGAUAUGUGGCAUCAAUCAAUAUAGAGCAUUCGAUAAAGAUUACAAAGAAUUUCUCCAGCUCGUCGUUAGCAACGUGAGCUCUGUCUUUACAAAGGCUCGAUUGCGAGAAGAACAACGAAGACAAAAAGAUAGGUUGGCCGAAUUGGAUAGACAAAAAAUUGCCUUUUUCGAAAAUGUCAGUCACGAAUUGCGAAGUCCCUUGACUCUUAUGCUUUCACCUUUGGAAGAAGCAAUAGAGCUAUGUCCUAGGAAAUCUCCAAUAUUAAGUAAUCUCAAAUUAAUACAGAACAACAACCGAAGAUUACAUAGUUUAGUGAACAGCUUGUUCCAGUUCGCUCACAUGGAAGCAAACCGACUUCACGCAUGGUUUUGCGAAACGCACAUGGCAAAGUUAACAGUAGAGUUGGCAGCCAGUUUCGAAAGUAUGGCUAAAGCGCUUGGUCUAUAUUAUAAGCUCGAUAUCCCUAGUGAUGAAGAACUUGUCGGUCAAAUGAAUCAGAAAAUGUUUUUAGAUCAAGAAAUGUACGAAAAAAUACUAUUUAAUCUAUGUUCGAAUGCGUUUAAAUAUACAUUGACUGGUGGGGUAACUGUUCGGUUAUUUGUAGAGAGAAACGGAGAUAAUGAAGGGGUAGUCCUUGAAAUAUCCGAUACAGGUGUUGGCAUCGCGGAAGAACAUCUUUCGAGUAUCUUCCAGCGCUUUUACCGCAUCGAGUCGCAACAUUCACAUGUCCACGAAGGUACUGGGAUCGGUCUUGCUCUCGUUAAAGAACUCGUCGGACGACAUGAUGGUGAAAUCUCUGUUAAAUCCCAAGUGAAUGUUGGCACUACCUUCCGUGUUUGGAUUCCUUCCGGAUACGAUCAUCUUCCUCAGCAACAAGUUUACUUUAGAAGCAACAGAGAUAAAUCUAAAUCUGAUGCAGAAUAUGAAAACCAAAUUAACUCGAAUAUAAACUUGUAUUUGUAUGAGCGCACGCAGCGUGCAGAGGAAUCAGAGUCUAAUCAACUGCCUAAGGAAGUUAAUCAACCUAGUCCGAUGCAAACCGAUAGUGAAAGUUCAUCGUCUACAUCAUCACCAAGACUAGACGAGUGGUCAGCAUUGCAUAUGGAGCCUAGCUAUGUUGAAUUUGAGAGUACAAGGAAAUAUAUUCUAGUUGUCGAUGAUAAUAAUGAUAUGAGAAACUAUUUGAAAAGUUUUAUCGAGAAACAAUUUGAUUGUAUCUGCGCUGAUGAUGGCUAUGAAGCGCUUAAAAUCGUAAACAAUUCACAACGGUUGCCCGACCUUAUUCUUAGUGAUGUUAUGAUGCCUAACAUGGAUGGCUAUGAAUUACUGAAAUCACUGCGUGGUAAUCCAGCAACACAGACGAUUCCGGUUAUCUUAAUAUCAGCUCGAUCGGGAGAAGCCAGUAUUGAAGGAUUGGAAAAGGGUGCAGAUGAUUAUAUCAUCAAACCGUUCAACUCUCGUGAACUUAUGGCUCGUAUUCACGUGAAUCUUAAACUUUCUCAUGUCCGUCGUCAACUAAUGGCAGAACAACAGCAUCAGCUUGAAAUUAAGCAGUUGCUAUUUACUAUCAGCAACAAAAUUCGUUCUGGUUUUGGAAUACAAGAAACUCUUGACACGGCGGUCGCAGAAAUAAAGAAGGUUUUAAUAUGUGAUUCUUUAUUAAUAGUACAGGAUACUUCCGAGGAAGGGAGUAUUGACGGUAAAGUUAUGGCUGCUUCAUUGCUUCCAACGGUUAAAGCAGGGAAGAUUGUUGGGUGUAUAUUCCGUGAUGAUCAGCAACAAACAGAGCCUCCUCUUCAUCAUUGCGAUGGACAUAUAACACCAGACUCGUUGUUAAGUGAUAUAAAAGCUUGUUCGGACUGUGAAUCACAGAUUUUAAACCAACGCGUGUCCUUUCUUAGCGCAGCCAUUCAUUUGAGAUCAUCACCAUGGGGGUGGAUAAUCGCUUACCGACAACCAUAUCAUAAAUGGACAGAGUCAGAGACAAAUUUUCUACAACAGGUCUCAAACCAAAUAAGUUUAGCCAUUAGCCAUGCUACCCUUGUCGAAGAAAAAUUAAAACGAGAAGCACAAGUAAAGGCCAUCGAAGAGACUAAUAGAGCCAAGGGCCAAAUACUAGCCAACACAUCUCACGAACUUCGUAACCUGUUGGGAGCAAUUACUGGAGCACUUUCUGCCUUUGAAGGAACACAGCUUACAUAUGACCAACAAGACAUGGUUGAAGUAAUGUCCCGCGCAUCCGAUGUGGUUAUAUCCGUAGUAAAUGAUAUUCUGGAUGCAGCCAAAUUGGAUGUGCAUAAGCUUACAUUGAUAAACCGCGUCUUUGAUUUAUGGGCGCUUGUAGAGAAGACCGUGACAACGUUUGGUGAGCGUGUUGGCGCAAAGGAGCUUGAAUUGAUUGUUCUAUACGACCCAGAGAAUCUUUCGAGAUACGUAAAGACGGAUCCAGAGAGGCUGCAACAAGUGAUAAUGAAUCUGUUAUCUAACGCAAUCAAAUUCACAGAUAGUGGUGAAAUUGUACUAAAGCUAACAAUAAGAAACGGCGAAGGUAUGGCAGUGGAUGAUAACUUUGACUCGAACAAACUUUUGUGUGUGGAAGUAUCUGAUACUGGCGUUGGCAUUGACCCGCCGUCGAUUAAACACAUUUGGGAAAACUUUUCGCAAGGAGAUGCUUCGAUGACUCGAGGUCGGGAUGGAACUGGUCUAGGUCUCUCUCUAUGUAAAAAUCUAGUUGAACUAAACGGUGGUGAAAUGAAGGUUGAUAGUAAAGUUGGUAAAGGAAGUAAAUUCUGGUUUACAUGGAACAUUGCUUUACCAAAGCUACCAUCACAAAAUGAUAAUCCCAGAUUGCAAGGUCAGCCGAAUCAGGCUAGAAAUGUUCUCAUAAUUGAUCCUCUGGAAGCAGCAAGAUCAGCGUACGCGGCGUUGAUUAAGGGGAGUGUUGAAAAAGUAUAUACGUAUGCAAACUAUACAAGCGCACUAGAAGCAGCCAGAGAGCAUAAGAAGAAGCAUGGCGAGCCUAUAUGCGAUUUGGUAUUUUUGAGCGUGAGAAAUAGUAACGCUGCAGAAGUUGAGAAUACAGCCAAAGAACUUAAGCGUAUUUGUGGGAACGGGUUAUCGAUUGUGCUGAUGGUGUUUUGGUCAAUCGGAGGUUACACGCUUGGGAAGAAUAUGAUUGAGAAAAUAGGAACAGAUGUUGCGGCUAUCUGUAAGCCAGUGGUGCACAAGUGUAUGAUGGAUUGUAUCUCUAAUUUCGACAAGUUUUUGGUUAAGCCUGGAGAUAAGGAUAACCAGGAAAUGGGAAAAAAUAGUUUAUCGACAUACAGUAAAUUCUACAAUCAUAAUCGACCUGCAGUCUGUUAUCCGACGAAAAGAGAUACAAGUGAACCAGUUAUAGUUCAGGGUGUUAUAUCCUCAAAGGGUGAGAACGAGUCCAAGUCUAAAGCUCUUGUUCCAAUGAAGAGAUCCGCUUCUAGCGAAUUGAAGGACCAAUCUAGUAAUGAAGAAAGAACAAGCAAGUCAAGCAGAAUUGAAAAGCCCAAAUGUAUUCUCUGCGUGGAUGAUAAUGCGAUCAAUCAAAAAAUCGUCAAAACCCAGCUGGAUAAAUUAGGUUAUCGUUAUUUAACAGCAGAAAACGGAAAGGAAGCUGUUGAUUUGGUACAGAAGCAGUAUGAAAAUAGUCAAGCAAGUAGCAUGGAUAGCUGUCCGUCGUUAGAGUCCAAACUGGGGAUAUCGUUGGUUUUGAUGGAUUGCGCUAUGCCUGUUAUGUCAGGGUUUGACGCAACACGAGCAAUUAGAUCGUUAAGUCCAGAGUUUCAGACGCUUCCAAUCGUUGCAUUGACUGCAAGCGUAGUGGCAGGGACACGCGAACAAUGUUUAGAGGCAGCCGCGUUUGAGACCUUCGCGGACGUGUGUCGUUGCCCGCCAAGUGAUCUUUCAGCCAUACUGAAAUUAUCCGAGAAUGAUACUCAGGAGCUAUUGAAAAGUGUGUCCGAAGAAGUAUACAAAACACGGUUACGACCAACAACAGCUCUUCAACUACUCGAUACUAAUAGACACAUCUUAUUAACGACCGGUGACUCUGUGCUUGACGAUAUACUCGGCGGUGGAAUACUAUGUCAAGGGAUCACUGAGAUUGUAGGUGAGAGUUCUGCUGGUAAGACUCAAUUAUGUCUUCAGCUAUGUAUGACGGUCCAGUUAUCACAAGAAUACGGCGGGCUUAACGGAGGUGCAGUUUACCUCGCAGCUGAUAACCCAUUUCCCACAUCUCGCUUUUAUCAACUCCUAUCUACAUUCCAUCAUACGUAUCCAUUUCUAUCUGACCUCGAUCUUGGAUCCAACGUACAUGUCGCCCGUAUCUUGGAUCUUUCUUCCCAGUAUCAUAUAAUACAUUACCAACUUCCGGUGCUGUUGUCUAGAUUUAACAUACGGCUUAUUGUAAUUGAUUCGAUAGCCGCAAAUUUCCGUAGUGACGAAAGUUUGAUGGGUAGCAACUGGCAAGAGAGAGCAAAAAACAUAUGUGAACUGGGAGCUAAAUUGAAAGAGUUGAGUGAUAGAUUUCGAGUCGCAGUUGUUUGCGUUAACCAGGUGUCUGAUUCUAUUAAGGACGACGACGAUUGGAAGGAUGAGAAUUCAAGAGAGAGGGUAGAUGUUGAUAUUCAAAAUGAGAAUGAUCAUAAUGAGGGGAAAGAUGCAUGUGAAGAUGGGGAGGAGAGACAAAAAGUUGGCGAACAGUAUGUCGGAACGUGCGAUUAUGACUACCGUCGUUACCAGAGAGUUACAGGGAAAAUUCCCGCAUUGGGACUUGUGUGGAAAAGCUCUGUAAAUAUGAGGAUUUUAUUAGCGAGAAUUGGUUGUGGUCGAAACAGGAAAAGAACAGUUUCGGUUCAGUUGGCUCCUCACGUGCCGAUGUCUUAUGGAGAGUUUUACAUUGAUGCAACAGGGUUUCACGGCAUUAGACAUAAACAUUGUAAUUAA